AUCCUCAAUACGUUAUACAACGAAUGAAUGGCAAAGUUGCACUCGCUCGCCAUCCGUUUCAAUGUCCACAACCCCCGAACAGCGACUAUUCGCCUGCGAGCGAUGUUCACGCCGAAAACAACGAUGUGAUCGCACAAUCCCUGUUUGUCAACCAUGCCAAGAAGCUCAAGCAGAAUGUACUGGGUCAGCUUCCGAGGGGACUGUUAUAUCCGGCAAUAACAGAGUCAUCGCUCGUAAAGGCCCCGUUACGCGAUUGCUGGAGCAGAUUGAAUUCUUGGAGGAGAAGCUUCGGAGCCAUGACCGAGGAGAGCCCAGUAAUGACAAUGCUUCUGCAGCGGUUGACCCUGAGAGCCUAUCACCAGCUGCAGCCGGGCCGUCUGAGCAUCAGGAUAGUGCAGCCUUACCGCACUCCACAAGCAUGAAUAUGAGAUUCCUUUCACUAAGCGCCAUGGCUGAGCCUUCUUCUCGUCGGGGCGAGUUUCUCAAACAUCUCUCCACCCCGCGUUUAAUUGCCGGCAUCACAAAGACCUACGGCGGUGAUCCUGAGUCAACAUCACGCCCCGAUUCACUAUGGGAAGGUAUAUCGACAUAUCUCCACCAUCCCCAGGGUAGUAAGCAUCGCUUACGUAUUCCCCCUGCCGACGCGAACAAAGCUCUUGAGAUAUACCUCGCAGUAGUGGACUUCCGUUUUCCACGUCUCCCCGUGGAAAAGGUGCUUGCGGGCAUUGAUGCAAUUUCACACCCCGAGGAGGAUCGUUUCAGACGCGUUGUCGCUACAGACCCGGCGCAUGUGUUUAUGGCCUACGCUGUCAUCACUAUUGUACCACUCGUUAGCGAUGCCUAUCCCAUCUCACAAGGAUCCUGGGUCUCGGUACAUCUUUUAGGAAAGUGCAUGGAGCUACUCGACAGAGUCUUCAAUCAGGAAGAUGGCAUCGAUAUCAUUCAGUGUCUACAGCUUCUCGUCAUUCUUGCAGUACACUGCUCCGCUGCUGGGUCCGCCUGGCAUCUUUCCAGCUUCGCAAUGAAUAAAUGCAUCGCCUUGGGAUAUCAUCGCGAAGAUCCCAAGUCUGCUUCCGUAUCACUGUUGGAAGUUCAGCAGCGAAGAUGGGCGUUUUGGGGGUGUUAUCUUCUGGAUGUCUUGAUAUGCGCCGCUCUGGGGAGACCACCAAGCAUCGACGUCAGACAUAUCACCACUCCUCUACCAGAUCCUGCAUCGAAUUCCCCUAGUCAAUGUGCACAGCAUGGACAAAUCAUUUCUAAUCUCCGAACGGCCCCUUCUACGACCCAUCGUCUUAUUUCUCGAGACGCGUAUCACAAACAACUCUUCCAAUAUGCCCGCCUUCUGUCUCAGGCCGUUAGUGAGACUCCAAGCAGCCCCCAAUCCUCGGCGCCGUCAGACGAUUUCGAACAUCUGCUCGGACAGGCUCUAAGUUGGAGGAUCAGCUCACUACCGCACGAUGAGCCAGACAGCUGUAACAUAUAUCUCUUUCAGACAUCUUUAUAUAAUACCCUCAUGCUACGGCUAGCAGUCACAGAGCUACUGACCCUUUUCUCAUUUGAAAUGGAUCUUGACGACUCCCAACUCUCACCUCAAGACAGAGCUUCUUUCCUAGGCGACUUGGGCCUUGAAGAAAGCCGGAUGAAGAGAUUGAAAGUUUCACAAAUUUGCGCAGCUGUGGCGCGAAGUUUAGAUAGGGUUCACAUGACCGGUCGUUCUUAUCUCUCUCUCAUCACUGGCUACAGCUCUUUGACAAUGGCAUUUACAUGUCUAUACUUCAUGUCUGUUCGCACCAUGGUCAGAAACGCAGUAGGAGAGAACGCCACCCGGAGCCUUUCUCAAAGUCACCUGGAAUCAGAUGGCUCGAGUAUGACAUGGCACCCGCCACCGUCAUCAUUUCACUGCCAAAAUUCUGGAGGAGCUGUCCCAUCAUUUAUUACCAGUUCCUCACGCUCUUAUCAUCUCUCUCCGGAGAGUCAAGCCUGGGCGAAUAAUUUUGAGGGUGAUGGGGUUAACGACGCUUUCAACAUUGCCACUGCGAAGGUUGACGUAGUGGGACGCCAAUUUCCUCGCCUCAAUCAUUACGGACGCAUGGCACUCGAUAUUCGUAAACUACUGAUUUCAAUGUCAAGCCCGGCUACAGCUUUCUCACCUGUUGACUUUGCUGUUGGUGAUCAACUUGAAACAAUCAAGGCUAGCGCUCAGGAUGUUGGACCAAUGUACUUAAGGCAGCUCACAGCGGCCAUCUUCAAUUCUUUACAAUUCUUUACAAUGGGCUCAAUACCACCUACAACACAGAUGGCUGACUCCACCAAGCCUGAACUGUACAUCCUCAGCGACUUCCACCCAGAAGCCGUCAAGUACGCCCAAAAGUCUUUUAACUGCAUCCUUUAUGGUGAUCCUCGCACAGAGAAUUGGCACUCUCACGCCACAGCAAUCCUUAUCAAGGACUACUACAUCACAGAAGAAGACCUCCUUUCAGCACCGCAACUAAGAGUCAUUGGCAAACAGGGUGUCGGCCUGGACAAGAUUGACGUCGAGGCUUGCAAGAGGCAAAAUGUCAAGGUUUGCAACACCCCUGGCGUUAAUGCUUCCGCCGUGGCAGAGAUGGCGCUGUGCUUGGCUCUCACCGUUGCUCGGGAGGUACCUCAGAUGGUCAUUCGACAACGUAUUCAAGGGGAGGCUAUUCGAAAGGAGACGGUAGCUGGAAUGCUACUGUCUAAAAAGGUCAUCGGCGUCGUGGGUAUGGGCCAUAUCGGUCAAGCCAUUGCACAAAUGUACGUCGGUGGACUACAAGCAGAGAUCAUUGCUUUCGACCCAUAUUACCCCGAGAAUGAAGGCUCUUGGAACACAAUUCCCUACAAGCGCGUCAAAACUCUUCCCAAGCUUCUCGAGGUUGCAGACGUGGUGACACUGCACGUUCCUCUUACUCCCAGCACAAAGAACAUGAUUGCAGCGCCUCAGUUGAAGCAGAUGAAGAAAACAGCCAUAUUGAUAAACACAGCACGUGGUGGAAUUGUUGAUGAGGAUGAUCUGGCAGAUGCGCUUGAGCAGGGUGAGAUCUGGGGUGCCGGCUUUGACUGCCAUUGCGAGGAGCCGCCGACAUUGGUCAAAUAUGAACGUCUUUGGAAUAGUCCCCGUUUUGUUGGGACGCCGCAUAUUGCUGCUGCGACGGAUGAGACUCAGAUUGCUACAAUCAACGGAGCCACGGAUGGCAUACUUCGGUUCUUGCAAGAGCACAAGAAAUAA